UUGUAUACAACCCAAGUUUUUUGAUAAAAAAAAAAAUGUAAAAAAACGUGAUUAAAAAUGUCAAAAAACAGCACCACUGUCACUGAUAGCGAUAAAAAAAUACGCAGAGUCAAAUCAGUGCCAUUGAACGUAAAACUCCGCGCAUUAAAAGAAGUAAAAUGUGGCAGACCUGUGAGUAUAAUAGCAAAAAAUUUAAACGUAACAAACAAGACAGUCAAAAAUUGGUUGAAAAACUCCGACAAAUUACUAAAGUGGGAAGAUGAACACUGCGGUAAACUACUGGAGCAACAAAAGCGCAUGAGAAAAGCUGAUAACGAUCUUGUUGAUAAAGCCACAUGGAUUUGGUACAAACAAAAACGUGCUUGUUCCCCGGGAGUUAAUAUUCCAGGGCCUCUAGUUCAAACCCAAGCAAAAUAUUUCAAUGACUUGAUAAACAAGUCGAAAAAUGAGGAUAAAGUAUUCGAGGCAAGUAAAGGCUGGCUCGACAAAUGGCGUAAACGUAACAACAUCGGUCAUUUCAAUGGUAAAAAAUUAUCUUGUGAUUCAGAUUUUUCAAAAUUGUACAAACAAGAAUUUGAUAAUUACUUACAAGCUCAACACCUGACACUAGAUCAAAUAUUUUAUUGCGAUAAGACUAUUAUUAAUUACAAAGUUAUGCCAAAAAAAAUUAUUGAUGAGAAUAACAAAGAACCUGAUAGUAAUAAUAGUAGUUCUAACAAUAAUAAUGAUAAUUUGAAAAAAGAGCGCGUAACAAUAAUGACAUGUUGUAAUGCAACUGGUACAUUUAAAUUACCGCUACUUGUAAUCGGUAAAUAUCCGAAACCACGUGCGAUUAAAAAUUUAUCAUCGCUGCCCGUUAAUUACACGAGUGAUCCAUCAACGAAUUUGACUUAUGACAUAUUCAAAGAAUGGUUCGAAGCUGAUUUCAUACCGAGGGUUUCAAAUUUUUUGACGGAAGGAACUCUUCCAUAUAAAAGAGCGACACUUUUUAUGGACAACUGCUUGAUAAAUCAGCCGCUUGUUGUUAAUAAUGAUGAUAAUUUUUUUGAUAGUACAAAUAUAAGAUAUUUUCCGACAAACUUUACAUUAUUUAGAUCAAAUGAUGACAAUUAUUUGUUUGAUUUAAAGAAAACUUAUAGGCUCAAUUUUAUGAGCCACUUUAUUGAAAGGGUUGAUAAGUGUGGGGAGAAUUUGAACCAGAUUUUGAAAGACAUUUCGUUGAGAGACGUCAUCAAGUGGACUGAUGAGGCCUGGAGAAAAACAAGCGAGAUCACUAUUAGGAAAUCGUGGGACUCGUUGGCGCCAGUAAAUAACGCGGAUGAUAAAAAUACUAAUAAUGGAUUUGAAUUUAUUGGAGUUUCUUCACAUAUAAAAGAAGAGACUCAAGACGAAUUAGUGGCGAGUAAAUUAUGUGAAUUUCAUGAAGCGAUUCAUAAAGUUGAUGUGUGGAAUGACGUUGAGCUGAGUGAUGUAAACAUGUGGUUUUAUAGCAACGUUUUAUCUGAAGACUGUUUGAGUGAUAAGGAGAUAAUUGAACUAGUGAUGAGCGGAAAUCACGGGGGUGGAAAAAAAAAGUGUAGUAAUACGGCUCCUGUAACGCAGGAAGUUUCUAUUUUGGCGGCAAAGAAAGCGAUUAAUACUUUGAUCAAGUAUUGUCAGCAAAAUGAUGAUUGUAAAGAGGCUCUUUCUAAUUUUUAUAGAUUUAAAGACAGUUUGAAAACUGGUGAAGAAGCAGUCGAAGUUACGACUCAAUAAGUCCAAAUUAUAUAUUUUUUUUUUUCUUUAGUUUUCUACCAGCUUUGAAUUCAAAUUUUGUUUGAAAAAUUGUUUUGUUAAUUAUACAUUUAUUUUUUUGAAAAAUUCAUUAUAUAUAAUGAUUGUAAAAAAAAAGUAUCAUUUAAAUUUUUUACAAAAAAAAAAAAUUCACAUUUAUUAAAGUAUUAAUUAUUAUUAUUAUUAAUUAAUUAUGAAAAAUUAAAGAAAAUUUUUUUUUCUUAAAAAUAAAUAAAGUCGAUAAGAAUGAAAAAUAUUAUUUUUAUGAGAAAAAUAAUUAUAAGCUAC